GCGACGACUCGUUUUUGGUGUGUGGCAUAAAAGGAAAACAGAACCGCGAAACGCGAGGAGGAGUGCAUCGUUUUUUUUGGAAAAGUGCACCACCCCCCGCACCCGGUGGAACUUGCGGCCAUCGCGGAUCGGAACACGCAGCGGUAAGCGGUGUGGCCAGCCAGCAGCAUCAUCUUCGCAUCGACCACCCUUCCCAGGCGGCGCAUCAUCCAAGCAGCAGGCGGACGGAACGGACGCAAUUCCUCGCCGUGUGUUCCGUGUAUGUGCGCGCGCGCGCGCGCGGUCCUCCUGUUCCCGUGUGUCGUCGUUGUUCGCGGGUCGUCGCGGAAGUCGCGAAAAAGAGGGUCAAGUGCUACUGCGCCUGGCGCUCCGGAGUCCGAGUGGCGCUGACCGAAAUCGUUUCGGCGAAAUUACCCCGCAGCAGCCGGGCAAGUUUGUGCGGGAGGGUGCCCACCUCUCCACUCCCUUUUGCCGCUGCCCCGCCUCGUGCCUGCUGCAGCAGCAUCGCGUGUGUGCGGGCGUGCGUUCGCGUGUGUGCCCACCGUGUGCGUGCGUGUGUACGUGUGUGUGCGUGUGUUGUGGAAGCGGAAAGCAGCGACAGCAGAAGGAAGAAGGAAGAAGGAAAAGAAAGGGGCAAGUGAGGAGGAGGAGGACGAGGACGAGGAGAGCAUCCGUUUUUUUUUUCUUUCGGCCUGGAACGGCGACCGUGAAGAGAAGUGUGAAAACGCGAGAAACGACACCACGGUUCGAGAGAUCCGCGAACCCCCCGCUCCGCUCCACCCCGGGUGCCCCGUCCACUCCCCUUCACGACGGUGACCGCACCAGUAUUCGCGUACCGCGGUGACAGCGGGUAAUCCUCCAUGUUGUAGCAGCAGAAGCAGCAGCGCCUACUAGUGCGAGCGAGAGCGAACAAACGGGAGCACCGCGAACUGUGGUUGAAGGGCUCGUUCUUUUCGGUUUACCCGUUUUUGCGAUCCCCCUCCCCGUUCGACCUGCGGUGCUGCUGGCUGUGGUGGUGGUGGAGAGGAAGUAGAAUUUUCCUCGGUUCCCUCCCCCGUUCCCCGUCCGGCACCCUUUCUUUGGCUGCUGCAUCUCUUCUGCACGACAUCCAUCCCCCCCCCCCCGCCCGCGCCCCACUCCAUUCCCAACGUGUGCAUGUGUAUGUGCGCGCACGCUGUCGAAGCGGCUCCAUCGCGGUCCAAGAAUCGGCAAAAGUGAAAAUCAACCCAUCCCCCGUUCCGCAAUUGUCACCUUCUUCGCAGGGCCCAGCACCAACAACAGCAACAGCAGCAGCAGCAGCCUCCCUGCCGUGACAUCGGCAUCAGCGACGGUCAUCGUGCCGUGUAGUCGUGGGUCGCGAGCGGUGGAAAUGUGUGCGUUUUCUGGUUCGGCUACUCGCCGCGGCAUCAUCCCCCAGGGAGAGCGCCGAUGAUGAUGGCGCGCUGAUGACGAUGUAGAGUACGGGCGCGACGGAUGAUCAAGAUGGAAGAUUGUUGUUUGUGCAAUUGAAGCAGCAGCAGCAGCAGGCCACCAGGCUUCUCGUCGCUGCGGUUGCCCUCGGCGGCUCUACCUCUCCUGCUCUCGCAUAACGUGUGUCUACACGCGCACCCCAUUUUGCUGUGUGCGUUGUGUCCGUGUUUUGUUUGUGCAUAUGUGCGUAAGCAAUAGCAGCAGCAGCAGCAAGCAAGCAACACCAGGAAAGUGCAUCGUCGGUUGAAGCGAGAAAGCGCGAGUGAGUGAAAGAGUGCACGCGAGUGACAGGCUACUCGCCUGUCGCCGCAGCGGUGGAAGGGAAGGGUGCGAAACGCACACAAAACGAGCGAGCGAGCGGCAGCGCGAACGGCGGCGACCGCGACGGCCUACUCUUCUGCGCGACGACGGCCAGCAGCAUACGCCUGCGACAACGACGACGAAGAAGCCUACGACACGAAAAGACUGCGAGGUGUUUUUAACGGUGUUUAUCCGAACUGGCUGGUGCGUGCGUCGAACGGGCGAGCGAGUGAGCAAACACACAUACACACCCCCGGAGGGGUCCCGGUCAGGAACCGUAUCCUUGGCCGCUGGAAAACGUGAAACAGCAUAGCAUAGCAGACCCCAAGAUAGGCGCGGUGCGACGGGCGCAGACGGGUUGGAAGAAAGUCGGGGCUGAAAAGUAGAAGACGAAGAAGGGGCAGAAGAAGAAGAUCUGCCGUGGCAUCCGACGCGCGAUUCACGCGCGACCUCUUCUUCCACGGCACCCCGCGCAUAUGGUAGCCAGCGGAACGUCGUAGCGCCAUCCUCCUCCUCGGUGGUGGUGGUGGAGCAUUUCAUUCGCGGCACCUCCGCCAUCAUCAGCAUCACGCGCGCGUUGUGUUUGUAGAGGGGGGAGGGUAGGGGGAGGACACACCAACUGGGUGUAUGUUUGUGUGUGUGUAGAGUGCGUGCCAAUUGUCGUCCGACUUCAUGCGAUGGCAUAAUGCAUCCCGAGGACGUUAAAUCGAAAGCCUUCGUAUUGGAACCGGUGCAGGAUACUGGUUUUGGAACGGGACAACAGCAACAGCAGCUAACACAGCAAUACCUCAGCCACCAGCAGCAGCAACAGCAGCAGCAACUGUACCAGCAGGCCGCCGCCUUCCAGCAGGAGCAGCAGCACUUGCAUCCCCAGCAGACACUCUACCAUCACCAACAGCAGCAGCAGCAGCAGCAUUAUCACCAGCAGCAACAACAGCAGCAGCACUAUCAGCAGCAACAUUUCGUCCGUCAGACGGCGGCUUGUAUGUCGGUGGUGCCGGAAGCGAAGUACAGUAGCGCCACACUUCGUAACCAGCAGCAGAUGGAAUGGGGCGACAGUUUGGCUACAGUCACGACGGACGGACGUGUGGGAGUGGUGGUCGGAGUGGUGGGCGGUGGAGGAGGCGGUGCGUCGCUGGCCGCUAGCUCACCGAUGGAUCUCGGUGUGAGCCACAGCCAUCAUCAUCAGCAGCAGCAGGAUGGUGUCGUGCAUGGAACGCUCCCAUUCGUUGGCAGUGCGGGCGGUGCUACAGUCCUGGUGGGAACGGAACAGCGUCGUUCGACCGUGGUACACGGUGUAGUACCGCACAUGGUGGUCAUAUCGAACACGGCACCACAGUAUGCGACUCGAAGCGCUGGUGGUGGUGGUGGUGGUGGCGGUGGAACGGUGACUGGCGGUGGUAAUGAUGCUUCAUCCGGUGCAUCCUCGAGCGGUGGCUACUUUCACGAUCAACUGACGGGCUACGGUGCACAACAGACGGGCGCUGGCCAGCAGCAGCAGCAGCAGACGCACUUUGUUGAAGCACAGUCCCAGGGCUAUGGGACGGUCCAGACGACGGCCGGUAUGAUACGGACGAGCCCGAACACCGCCAACUCCCCGACCGGUGCCGUGGCACUCGGUGCGACCACUUACGGGCGUAUCGAGCACUCCCAUCCUCAUCCACCGCACCGUACCACACCGACGCACGUGCCACAGUUUAUGAGUGCGGCCGGUACGGCGGGACCCGGGGCGGCCGGUAUGCAGCUGGCAGCCGCUAUGCAAGCGGGCAGUCCCGGUGGGGCCGGUGUUCCCGCAUCGCUGCUAUCACCCGUGGCGCAGCAGCAGCAGCAGCUAAAUCAGCGGCAUUCCAGCGAAUUUGUGUCCGGUACGGGGCCAAGAAGUACCUUCCCGACGGCUGUUUCACUGCCGACGACGAGUCCCCAUCAUCAGCUGGCCGUUAUCGCGGCAAACGACUCGCUGAAGGUGGUCACCUCGGCCUCGAUGUACGGUGCACCGAUCGAUGUACCGCUCGAGACGGAGUUCACUAUUCCGAAGGUGGAGGAAACGAAUGCACGGCAUGAUCAUCAGCAUCAGUUGCAGCAACAGCAUCACCAACAGCAGCAGCAGCAGCAGCAGCAACAGCAGCAACAGCAGCAACAAAUGUCGCUUCCAUUAGAGCGCCAAAGCAUGGACAAUAGUGCCUGCAGUAAGGCGGGUCGAGUGCCCGGGCGCCACGGGUCGGACACGGAGUCGGAACCGCUCGAAGAGGUGCUACAGAUAGACCCGCUGGCAACGGUGGAUCUGAAUUCCGGUGGCCGGAAACCGGACCUACCCGAUUGUGCCAAGAGUGGAGGAGGUGGAGGCGUCGAAAGGCGGAACGAUGCGGAACUGUCGUCGUCCUCUUCACUCUCGGCCACCGACCAGGGUUCAGGGCAGCAGGAGCAAUCAUCAACCCUGGCAUCGAAGCGUCCGGUGAAGCACGUACGCUUUUCGGAACCACUGGAUGAAAAUUCGUUCGACGGGGUCGGUGGUCGACCGCGGGGCACCGUUUCACCGCAUCCGCUCGGUAUGGCUGGGGGCGGCGUUGGCGUCGGCGUCGGUCCACGGGACCACGACAAUGAGGAGGACGACGAGAUGGAUCACCUUUCACUGAUGGACAAUCUGCCACCCGUCGAGAGCCUGCUGGUGGAGAUGGACGAACCCCUCGACGAUGAGGACGAUGAGGAAGAUGACGAUGAUGACGAGGAGGAGGCGGAUGGGGUCGAUGAUGAUGAUGAUGACGAUGGUGAUUAUGUUUACGGAUCCACCAAACCGGGCAAGCGGACGCGCAGGCGACGUGCUGGUAUGGGUGGGAGAUCGGCGGGACCCGCCGGAAGGCCUCCCGGGCGACGGACGAAGGACGAAGAAUCGAUCGAACUCGAGCUGGAACCGCUCGUACCGGUGGAGGUGGAGAUGGGUGAGGGUGGCGAUAAGGGCGACGAUCGGUUGCUCCCACCGGUUGCCCUCAUCUGUCGCGUUUGCCUGUGCGAGGAAGGUGGUCCCGGUGGUGAGGAGGGUGGGCGCCAGUUCGAGUCGCUCUACUGUACGAUAGUGCCCGAGUUUCAGUCGCGCAGUCUCUACUCGAUCCUGGUGGCCGUUUGCCAUCCGCUGCUGCUCGGCAGCAAUGCCGGCAUGCCGGACCAGAUCUGUGGUUCGUGCAAAACGAAACUGCUGGCCGCGUACGAGCUCCACGAUACCUGCCUGCGGAACGACGAGAUGCUGCGCCGCAAAUAUCAGCACAAGCCACAGUUCGCGGCCGGUGCCGCCCGGCGCAUCAAGCGCGAGGCACUCGAUAAUGGAAAUGGUGAGCAGGAUGGUUACGAACAUGACGAGCUCGAUUUGCGUUACUAUGGAGGUGGCAAACGUGCAGCACAGUUGAAGGAACAGGAUGCAUACCUGUACGGAAAACAGUAUCCCUUGCAUGCCGCUGCCGUCAUGGGCCGUACGUUACAGCCCGCCGAACGAGCAACGGCGUCCUACAAUCAGCAGGGUGGCGGCGGUGGCCGUUGGGGUAAGAGCAACAAUCAGCUCAAGAUCCAGCACAUCUCCAACGGACCGGACGCGUUGCGCCAGUUGAAGAACAACAACGGCACUGGUGGCCCAGGGGCGGAAGGUGGUGGUGCUGGCAAGCAGUCGGCCACCUUCUUCGACUACAAUUCGUUCCACCGGGUGCUGCCGAACGGGAGCCACCAGUGUACCAAGUGUUUGCGCGAGUUUAAGUACCGGAGUUACUACAAGAACCAUUUCAUCAGUCAGCACGAUCCGACCAAACCGUUCAAGUGCCGCAAGUGUCACUACACCUUCCGCAACGAGCGCUGGCUGAGCGUGCACAUGCGUUCGCACGUCGGCCCGGACGCGUACAGUUCCCUCACGGAUGCCAUCACCGACGGUAGUGGCGGUGGAGAUCCGCUGAAUGCUGGUACGGGUGGGGCGGACGGUGAGUUCGCUUGCACCCGGUGUGACAAGGCGUUCCCCAUCUUUGUGCUGCUGAAGCGGCACGUCGUGGAAGCGCACAUGGACCCGGAAAACCGUGGUCUCGAGUGUCCGCACUGCUUGCUGGUGUUCGAUCAGCAGACCAGCUUCCUGCGCCAUUUGCAGAAGCACCGCAAGGACAAGCUGGACCAGCAGGCGGGUCCGCAAUUGUCGAUGAAAGAUGAUACCACCGGUGCCAGUUCCGAUUUGCGGUGCAACGUUUGCAACAUUCGCUUCCCAAGCCGUGCUAUCUACAUGAACCAUAUGACACGGAAGCACGUUCUGGCGACUCCCUCGACGGUGGCUACCGAAGAUGCCGACGCACAGUUGCGCCAGUGCACGGUUUGCAAUCUUCGCUUCGCGAGUCGUGCCCUGUACGCGGAACAUUUGUUGCAGAAGCACGGCCUGAAGGCACUGGCGGACGAUACGGAAGGCGGUGACGGUGAGGGUAGUGGCGAAACGUCAGAGCGAGAACACGCAUGUACCGUCUGUUCGGCAACGUUUGCGCGCGAAACUGGCCUCAACAGGCACAUGCGAGAGAAGCAUGCCGAGAUACUGAUCGAAAUGAACAGCGAGCUUGCCUACCUUUGUCGCGUGUGCUCCGCUGAGUUUGCCGACCAGGAGCAACUGCAGACGCACGCCGAUACGCACACGGAAGCGGAACGGUCGGAAGCUGCGGCUGCCAUUGCUGCGGAGCGUCUCGAUCGUGACGCAAAGGAAGGUUUACAAUCAGAGCAGCAAGGGCACCAGCGUCGUAACGAUGGUGACGGUGAGGUAGAGGACGAUGGUGGUUCAACGGAGAAUGCCGUUUCUCCCAGUGAGAUAAAAUCGGAAAAGGACAUGGAAGACGGAAGGUCCAGGGAAGGCUCUGGAAUCAAAAUGAAAGAGGAAGCGGUUCCAAGCGAGGAGAAUCAGCACGCAACGUCACCCGCCGACGGUACGGAGAAGAGGCAGAAAUCAUCACAGAAAACGACCGAAGCCUACUUGCCCGAUGGGUUUUCGCUGGUGUACAAGUGCAAGCUAUGCCCUGGCCGAUACGACCAGAAGGAUCUGCUGCACGCCCACAUGGGAAAGCAUAUGGCGGCAAUGAAACAGGAGGAUGGUACUGUUCAAGCUGCGGACGAGGACGAUGACGAGGAGGAGGAUACUGUUGGCGAAGACGAGGAGGAAGACGACUUUGAUGAGUCGCAACAAUCGCAGCAGCAACAGCAGCAACAGCAGCAGCAGCAGCAGCAACAGCAGCAACAACAACCAUCGCUUGGUGGUAGUGACAACGCAACCGUCAGUGGACGUCAGCAAUCGAGCCAAGGAAACGGCAGCACCGUGGAUGACGACGAGGAAGGCGCAGAAGGUGGGGAAGGCGAAGAGGAAGGAAAAGAGGAGGCAGGUAAUACGAUCGAUCCGGAGGAAGUGUCGUUUAAUCCGGAAUCCGGUGAGCAGAUGUUUGUGUGUAAGGUGUGCGGCAAGGUAGUCGGCACGGAGUCCCAGUUCCGGCGCCACAAGCGCGUCCACUCGACCGAGGGUCGGCCAUUCGAGUGCCACAUUUGUUUCUAUCGGUUCGCGAUGAAGUACAGCUACACGGCGCACAUGCUGCGCCACGAGAUGGGCUGCGAUCCGACGCAACCGACCCGAUACCGGUGCUCCAAGUGUUCGGAAUCGUUCACACGCCGUAAGCUACUCAAUCAGCACGUGAUCAGUGCGCACGGUGGCCGACGGAUGAAGUCGUCAUUGGGAGCGGC